CACAGUGAUCCUGCGAGCUUCUAAAGAGAGAGAGAGAGAGACGGCCAAAGAUCCAGGCAGGAGUGCUUGCUUCCAAUGGCACGGGCACCCCUCGUUGCUUGCAUGCUGUGUAUCGGGUUCUCUGUGGUCUCCUAUGUCUCUGCUGGUGGCAGUGAAGUGAAUUUGUUAGACACAGCGACCAUUCCUGGGGACUGGGGCUGGCUGACCUACCCCCCUCAUGGGUGGGACUCCAUCAAUGAAAUGGAUGAGUUUUUUAGCCCUAUCCAUACCUACCAAGUCUGCAACGUCAUGUCUCCAAAUCAGAACAACUGGCUGCGGACAAACUGGGUACAAAGAGAUGGUGCCCGUCGGGUGUAUGCAGAGAUAAAGUUCACCCUGAGAGACUGUAACAGUAUGCCAGGGGUGCUGGGGACUUGUAAAGAGACUUUCAACUUGUACUAUAUGGAAAGUGACCGGGACAUGGGCACCAGCACUCGAGAGAGUCAGUUCAUGAAAAUUGACACAAUAGCCGCAGAUGAGAGUUUCACAAGUGUUGACCUUGGAGUACGGAGACUCAAGCUUAAUACUGAAGUCCGUGGCGUUGGACCCCUGAGCAGACGUGGAUUUUAUUUGGCCUUUCAGGAUAUUGGGGCUUGCAUCGCCAUAGUAUCUGUGCGAGUGUAUUAUAAGAAGUGUCCUUCGAUGGUGCGGAACUUGGCUGCCUUUUCAGAAGCAGUUACUGGGGCCGAUUCAUCUUCCUUGGUGGAAGUACGGGGAGAGUGUGUGGGGCACUCAGAAGAAAGGGAUACCCCAAAAAUGUACUGCAGUGCAGAGGGAGAAUGGCUGGUUCCCAUCGGAAAGUGUGUGUGCAGCGCCGGCUUCGAUGAACGCAGUGAUUCUUGUGUAGCCUGUGAUCUUGGAUACUAUAAGUCUUCGCCAGGAGACCAGCUGUGCUCAAAGUGCCCACCAUUCAGUUAUUCAGACACCUUGGCUUCUCAGAUCUGUGAAUGUGACACCAACUAUUACCGUUCUGCCAAUGAUCCAGCGUCUGUGGCCUGCACACGUCCACCUUCCGCUCCAGUCAAUUUAAUCACCAGUGUUAAUGGCACCACCGUUACCUUGGAAUGGAACCCACCAAGGGACACAGGUGGGCGCAGAGAUGUCACAUACAAUGUCAUUUGCCGGCGCUGUGCUUGGGAUGCGGGUCAAUGUGAGCCCUGUGGGGGAGGUGUGCGUUACACCCCCCAGCAGGUGAGCCUCGCAAAGACCUCACUAACAGUGGCAAAUCUCCAGGCCCACAUGAACUAUACCUUCUGGGUGGAGGCUGUCAACGGGGUGUCCGACUUUAGCUUGGAGCAACGGAUGUUCUCCACAGUGAACAUAACCACGAACCAGGCAGCUCCUUCUCAGGUUGUGGUGAUUCGUAAAGAGAAGACAGAACAGAACAGCGUCACCUUAAUAUGGCAAGAACCGGACCAGCCCAACGGGAUCAUCCUCGAGUACGAGAUCAAAUACUUUGAAAAGGACAAGGAAAUGCAAAGUUACUCUACACUGAAGGCUAAGGAAACCAGAGCUGUAGUGAAUGGACUCAGGCCUUCCACCCGCUAUGUCUUCCAGGUCAGGGCCCGCACCUCUGCUGGCUGCGGCAAGUUUAGCCAAACCAUAGAAGUGGAGACUAGUAAAGCAAUAGCCCUACGAUACGACACCAUGACAAUCGUCUGGAUCUGCCUUACGCUGAUCACCGGACUGGUCGUUCUCCUCACUGUGCUGAUCUGCAAAAAAAGACACUGUGGAUACAGCAAGGCUUUCCAGGACUCCGAUGAGGAGAAAAUGCAUUAUCAGAACGGGCAAAUCACUUUGGCAGAGUCCAAGCUCUAUGUUGACCCUCACACCUACGAGGAUCCCUGCCAGGCUGUCCAUGAGUUUGCUCGGGAGAUCGAGGCUUCCAGGAUCAAGAUUGAAAAGAUCAUUGGAUCAGGGGAGUUUGGAGAAGUUUGCUAUGGACGAUUGAAGCUACCGGGGAAACGUGAGAUCCCAGUCGCCAUCAAGACCUUAAAAGUUGGCUACAACGAGAAGCAGAGACGAGACUUCCUCAGUGAGGCCAGCAUCAUGGCCCAGUUUGACCACCCGAAUGUCAUUCACUUGGAGGGCGUGGUGACUAGGGGUAAAUUAACAAUGAUUGUGACGGAAUAUAUGGAGAACGGGUCCCUGGACGCCUUCCUCAGGAGCCGUGAUGGCCACUUCACUAUAAUCCAGCUGGUCGGGAUAUUGAGGGGAAUUUCUUCCGGAAUGAAAUAUCUUUCUGACUUGGGCUAUGUCCAUCGGGACUUGGCUGCUCGGAACAUCCUGGUAAACAGCAACUUGGUGUGUAAAGUGUCCGACUUUGGAUUGUCCCGGAUAUUGGAGGACGACCCCGAUGCAGCGUACACAACGACAGGAGGAAAAAUCCCCAUCCGCUGGACGGCACCAGAAGCCAUCACCUACCGUAAAUUCUCCUCUGCUAGUGAUGUGUGGAGUUACGGCAUUGUAAUGUGGGAGGUCUUGGCUUACGGAGAGAGGCCCUACUGGAACAUGACCAAUCGAGAUGUGAUAAAUUCAGUUGAGGAAGGGUAUCGGUUACCUGCACCUAUGGGCUGCCCGACAGCAUUACACCAACUCAUGCUGGACUGCUGGCAGAGGGAUCGCAACGAGCGGCCACGGUUUUCCCUUAUUGUCAGUAUUCUGGACAAACUUAUCCGUAACCCCGAGCACCUGAAGCUGAGCGCCACUGUCAACAGGAUCCCCCAGCCACGACUGGACCGGGGACUGUUUGAUUUUGCCAGCUGUGCCACUGUGGAUGACUGGUUGGACUCCAUCAAGUUGGGUCAGUACAAAGAUAACUUCCUGAUGGGUGGAUACCGCUCGCUUGGGAUGGUUAUGAGGAUGAAUAUAGAAGACAUUAGGAGGCUGGGUAUUUCUUUAAUAGGACAUCAGAAGAAGAUUUUAACCAGCAUCCAGAUCAUGAGGGCCCAUCUCAUCAACACAUUAGGACCCAGAAUGCAUUUGUGAUAAAGCCCACCAGAGGAAAGGACUGAUGAAAAUUCCACAAAUGGGGCUGAACAUGGAGACCAGACCCUCUGCUUGAGACUGGGUCCCUCCGCAGAGGUCCAGACAUGAACCAGAACAAGCGCACUCUUCCUAAGGACUCAUUCCAGGCAUCUUGUUUUGGGUUCCCCGUGUGCUGUGUUUACAUAGAUAUCUCUUAGUGCUGCAGUCUUCUUAUAGCAAUAGUACAGUGUAAUAUAUACAGGGUGCUUUAUGAAUACAGGGUGGACCUGUGCCUCGUACCUCAGCUGUGUGCGUGGGCCUCAUGGCUGCCAUGGACAGUUCAGAAGUCCACAUCACCCGCGCUUCACAAUGAUGUCACAUUCUGGUUGUUACUCCAAACCUCCGCUCUGUAUACAACUCCACACACCAAAAUGUUACGUCAGAUGGAAAUGGGGUAGAAGAUCUGCAGUUUGAAUGUCUGUGAGGAAAUGGGGAGAUCUGUGACCAAAGGGUCUGUGACAAGAUCUACGUGUUGUAUAGGUUGGGGUCUUCACGUUGUGUAUAUAGGAGCUACAGGUUAGCCUCUACACAUAGGGACCCGCACUCUUGGAAAUGUGGUGUAAGGACGCUCGCUCUUAGAGAAGCCUCUACAUGUAAGGACGCUCGCUCUUAGACAAGACUCUACAUGUAAGGAUGCUCGCUCUUAGAGAAGACUACAUGUAAGGACGCUCGCUCUUAGAGAAGACUACAUGUAAGGACGCUCGCUCUUAGAGAAGCCUCUACAUGUAAGGAUGCUCGCUUUUAGACAAGACUCUACAUGUAAGGACGCUCGCUCUUAGAGAAGCCUCUACAUGUAAGGACGCUCGCUCUUAGAGAAGCCUCUACAUGUAAGGAUGCUCGCUCUUAGAGAAGACUAC